AUGCGCCAAACAACACAUCCAAAGAACAACACUGGUUUUAUAAGGAAGAAAAUCCGUCUCAGUGAAAAGAGUGACAGGGAAGGAAUGAAGCAAAUUGUAUUAGAAGAGGACAAUGGCAAUUGGACGAUUAAUAUUGGUCGUGCUCAUCAAGACCUCACAGGGUCUACCAAUGAUGGUAGUGCUCAUCAAGACCUCACAGAGACCACCAAUGAUGGUAGUGCUCAUCAAGACCUCACAGAGACCACCAAUGAUGGUAGUGCUCAUCAAGACCUCACAGAGACCAGCAAUGAUGGUAGUGCUCAUCAAGACCUCACAGAGACCAGCAAUGAUGGUAGUGCUCAUCAAGACCUCACAGAGACCACCAAUGAUGGUAGUGCUCAUCAAGACCUCACAGAGACCAGCAAUGAUGGUAGUGCUCAUCAAGACCUCACAGAGACCAGCAAUGAUGGUAGUGCUCAUCAAGACCUCACAGAGACCACCAAUGAUGGUAGUGCUCAUCAAGACCUCACAGAGACCACCAAUGAUGGUAGUGCUCAUCAAGACCUCACAGAGACCACCAAUGAUGGUAGUGCUCAUCAAGACCUCAUAGAGACCACCAAUGAUGGUAGUCCUCAUCAAGACCUCACAGAGACCACCAAUGAUGGUAGUCCUCAUCAAGACCUCACAGAGACCACCAGUGAUGGUAGUCCUCAUCAAGACCUCACAGAGACCACCAAUGAUGGUAGUCCUCAUCAAGACCUCACAGAGACCACCAAUGAUGGUAGUCCUCAUCAAGACCUCACAGAGACCACCAAUGAUGGUAGUCCUCAUCAAGACCUCACAGAGACCACCAAUGAUGGUAGUCCUCAUCAAGACCUCACAGAGACCACCAAUGAUGGUAGUCCUCAUCAAGACCUCACAGAGACCACCAAUGAUGGUAGUCCUCAUCAAAACCUCACAGAUACCAACUACAUCGAGGGGACACAACAUUCCACAACUCCCACUAAGAAGGGAUUAU